AUGGCGCCUGCGUUCCUUCUCCAACCUGAGGAUGCCGCUGAAACGGAGGAGCGGAAUGAGACUGGACCCAAGAGCAGGAGUGGGGCCGGCAGGGCCGCCCGAAAGCCUGCUCUUUCAUCCCAGCGGAAACCGCCGGCACUGCCGCGGGUAGCGGCCCUUGGGGUGGCAGUCGCGGCGGAGGAGAGACGGCUCUGGCAGCGGAACCGCCUGACGCUAGAGAAGGACAAACCGGCCGUGGAGCGGUGCCUGGAGGAGCUGGUCUUGAGGAAGACGAGGACGCGCUGCUGCAGCGUCUGCAGGGCCCACAGGAACGGCCUCUCCAGGGACAAGCUGCUUUGUCCUGCAAAAGCUGGACUGCCAGAGGACUUUCUGACGUGGGGAUGGAGACCGAGUGGGAAGUGGCAGGAGUGGAAGGUGUGCAAGGCUAACCAGCUGGAGAAGGCGGUGGCCGCGGCCUACACCUUCAUCCAGAAGAACCAGGAGCAUGUGAUCACCACCAAGUAUCUCAACUACUACUCGGGGCUGCUGGACGCCGCCGAGGGGCCCCUCCCAGACUUGGAGGCCCAGCCCGAGGAGGCCGUCUUCCUCCGGGCUGUGAAGGUCUACAACAGCGGGGGUUCCCGCAGCAGCACGGAGGACAGGGAGCGGGCCCUGGCCGAGUACCUGGCCAUCUUUGCCUGGUGUCUGGCUGGCUGCGAGGGGGCCCACGAGCAGGCGGACUUCAAGGACUUCUAACCAGCCAGAGCAGGAGGCCAUGCUCUACCACAACCAGACAGCUGAGCUGCAGGAGCUGCUGGACUUUGCACACAUGUACCUGCAGGCAGAUGAUGAGGUUAGUGGCCCCCUGCCCUAUGGGGCUGGAUGGUGAUAGAGACUCCUUGGUCCUCUUCCUGGGGCUGCUGUGCCAGAGCUCAGCCCCAGCUCUUGGCAGUCGGCUAUUGGGAAGCAGAGAGAUUUCACCUAUCCCUUAUUUACGCCUGCCCUUCUCUCCCCACUCCAUGUUCUCAUGUCCCCUCUUCUGUCCAUGUCUAAAUCUUGCUUCUCCUGGACCCAGCUCGGGUUGACACCUCCUCCAGGAAGCCCUUGCUGCCCAUCCUGACUCUGUCUUCUGGGCUUGCAGUGCCUCCCUGCACUGGAGUUACUUGCAGUCCUCAUCCAUCUCACCCAUCCCCUUCUCCACCUAGCCUCCUAGAGGACUGUGCUCCAUGACAGGGGACCAGGGUAUUCCCAGCUUUCCCACAGCACCUGGCACAGAGCUGGGGCUCAGAAACUGAGUUUGAAUGAACCAGUGAGUGGAUAAAUGGAUAAAUGAAUGCAGGACACCAGGAAGGAAGGACCACAGUGUGUUAUUACAUUGAUUCUGAAUGAGGGCUUGAGAGCGUGAGUUCUCUGAGGUGUUGCUGCCCAGCACGUAUUUAUCCAUUCCCUCUUUUCUUCAUGCACCCAUGUCCCCCUCAUCAAACACAGUGACCGGGUCUGCACUGGGAGCAGGUAGGCUUUGGUGCUAGCCAGUCUUGGUUCUACCACCUCCCAGCUGGGCAACCUCCAGGCAAGUCUUAGGUAACCCUCAAACUUCCAUUUCUUUAUCCGUUGAAUGGGGAGAAUAAUGCCCAUCUCACACUGUUGGGCUGAGACUCAAAUGAGAUCCAGCAUAUAAAGCACUUAGUAUAGAGCUGGCACACAGUAGGUGCUCAAAUAAAUCUUGUUGCCUGCUCUUUGCCAGACACCAUGCUUGGGCCAAGGGUAAAUUCACGAAAGGCACAGUGUCUUGCCCAAGCAGCUUACUGAUGCAUGAAUCACUAUGCAAUGGGAGAGGCCAUCACAGGGCACUGGAGGUGGCCUCCAGACCAAGCCAGGGUCAUCAGCAAGGACUGCAUCCUGGAGCUGAUGCCUUGCAUUGGAGGGAUAAACAAGAGCUAUCCAAGGUGUUCCUGGUUGGGAAAUAGCAUGAGCAGACAAUAUUCAAGGACUAGCAGUAUUCCCUGGGUAUUUAUGCUGAAAAGGUGGGCUGUAGAGAGGGCAAUGCUGACAGUAACACUGAAUCUCUGCCAAUGGAGCAAUUCACACAUCAGUUCAGGGAGGGGGCAGUUUGGGAACAGGACUUUGAGAGAAACCCUCAAAUCAUUCCUGUGUGAGAUCUUGAGGCUGGGAAGGAGGGGCUUUGGGGAUUGAUGGGAUGGGAGGGCCCCCUUGGCCAGGAAGGGGGCCCACCUGGGUUUGUGCCUGCUGUGACCUGGCUUCUCGUAGAUGGAGCUGGAGGAGACAGAACCACCCAUGGAGCCUGAGGACCCUCCAUCUGAUACCGUUUGGGGGGAGGGCGACUACGAGGAGAGCAUCUAUACUGACUGGUGGCAGGAGCCGGAUGCCAAGGGUGAUGAGGCUGAGGCCGGUCAGUGACUUGAUCCUGGUAGAAGGGUGGGGAUGCAGCCUGGGAUGGAGUUUGGAGACAGCGGGAUCCAUGCCCCUCGCUGCAGACUCUGUGGAGUAAGUGUAAUGGGUGUUGGCACGUCUCCUCUGGGAACUUCUAGCCUGUUAGCAACUCCCUUCCCCCUUGGUGGAGGACGACAGCAACUUUCCUAGAGCAGGGACCAACUGAGACCUGUUCCUGGGGAGCCUCACUGCUCCCUGACCCACCUCCCCUGAGGACAGCACCCAGACACCUGUUGGGAACGGGGUGGGGGGCUAAUCCCAGUGCUCUCUCCUUUCAUUUUCAGAGCCAGAGUCUGAACUAGCAAGAGAAGAGGGCCCCCCUGCACCUCUCAAGAACUUGGGAAGCCUGGCCCAGUGGCACCACACUCACUGGCAUGGGCAGCAACAAGAACUAUUUAUUAAACAUGUAAAAUGGACACAGCUGAGCAGGCCGCAUCCUGUCCCACCUGGAAGCACUGCUCCCCACGCAAUGGAGAACAAAUCUGACUCCAUAUGGAUCAGUUCCUUUAGUUUGAACCACUGUGCCCUGCUUUCUAGGCUUAGUCUUGCUGGCUCUGCACCUUUUGUGAAACUAUGUUGCCUUUAGCCUGAAAUAUACAGGAGAGCCUAUUCUCAGGAUCUGACUUUUAAGGAUGUUAUUAGCACUCCACUUUUGGAGAGAUGGAAGUUGCAAAAUAGAGAAAAAGCUUUGUUUUGUUGGAGGUUUACAGGGCACCAUGGCCUGACCCACAGGAACGGCUGCAAGAACAAAGAAUUCCUGCAGGAAGAAGCUUGCAACAACCAACCACACUCCAUUCCCAUUUUUUUGUAUAAAAGAAACCUAUAUUCUGACUAGGGGAGGGUGAUUCUCCAAGACAUUAAUCGGCCAUCCUCUUGGUCUGCCUGCUUUCCGAAUAAAGUCGCUAUUCCUUGCCCCAACA